AUCCGGACGUGGGUGUUCGGCAUCCUCCUCCUGGCCCAGGCUUCGGUCUCGUCCGGUGACACCCUGGACACAUACUCGGAGGUCCCAGCCCAGGGCCCACACGCCACCCACUCCCCACAGCCCACAGCCCACUCCCCGCACCCCGCAGCCCACUCCCCACACCCCACGGCCCACUCUCCACACCCCACGGCCCACUCCCCACACCCCACUCUCCACUCUCCACACCCCACAGCCCACUCUCCACACCCCACGGCCUUCCCACACCUCACCUUCCCCUCCGUCCAGGGCUCGUACGCCCCGCCCCACGCAGGCUACCCGUCCCCGACGCCCUACGCGGCCCCUGGGUACCCCUCGUACCCCGUGCCUGCCGCCUAUGGCACACCGAGUCCCUACGGAGGGCUCCUCGCUCCGCAGUACCCGACGGCUGGGUACGGAGCCCCCUAUGGCUACCCGACGCCUCAGUAUUCCGUGCCUUUGCUAGGCUAUGGGGGUACGGUACUACCCCACGCCGCUCCUACAGAUGCCUACGCAGCGCCUGAGCCUGAGCCUGCUGCUGACUACAAGGCACCUGCUGCUGACUAUAAGGCACCUGCUGCUGACUACAAGGCGCCUGCUGCUGACUAUAAGGCACCUGCCGCUGACUAUAAGGCACCUGCCGCUGACUACAAGGCACCUGCUGCUGACUAUAAGGCACCUGCCGCUGACUAUAAGGCACCUGCCGCUGACUACAAGGCACCUGCUGCUGACUACAAGGCACCUGCUGCUGACUACAAGGCACCUGCUGCUGACUACAAGGCUCCUGCUGCUGGCUACGUGUACAAGGCUCCCGAGGGACUGCCCCAACCUGGGUAUCACGCCCCGAAACCGACCUACAAGCCUCCCACGGCUUACAAAGCACCGGCACAACAAGGUUACGACUACACACCUCCUGAAACUGCUUACAAGGCCCCUGCUGCUGACUACAAGGCUCCUGCUGUUGACUACAAGGCCCCUGCUGCUGACUACAAGGCGCCCGCUGCUGGCUAUGACUACACGCCUCCCGAAACUGCUUACAUAGCCCCUGCUGCAGACUACAAGGCUCCUGCUGCUGGCUACGUGUACAAGGCCCCCGAGGGACUGCCCCAACCUGGGUAUCACGCCCCGAAACCGACCUACAAGCCUCCUACGGCUUACAAAGCACCUGUACAGCACGGUUACGACUACACGCCCCCCGUAUCUGCUUACAAGGCCCCUGCUGCUGACUACAAGGCACCUGCUGCUGACUACAAGGCCCCUGCCGCUGACUACAAGGCACCCGCUGCUGACUACAAGGCGCCCGCUGCUGGCUAUGACUACACACCUCCCCAGACUGCUUACAAGGCUCCUGCUGCAGACUACAAGGCUCCUGCUGCUGGCUACGUGUACAAAGCCCCCGAGGGACUGCCGCAACGAGGCUACCACGCCCCGAAACCGACCUACAAGCCUCCAACUGCCAGCGGGUAUGAUUAUACACCCCCUAAAUCAGACUACCUGCCUCCUAAGUCUGAUUAUGAGGCUCCUGCCCCUGGCUACGUGUACAAGGCCCCUGAGGGACUGCCCCAACGAGGCUACCAUGCUCCCAAACCGACUUACAAGCCUCCAACUGCCAGCGGAUAUGAUUAUACGCCCCCUAAGUCGGACUACUUGCCUCCUAAGUCUGAUUAUGAGGCUCCUGCUGCUGGCUACGUGUACAAGGCCCCUGAGGGACUGCCACAACGAGGCUACCAUGCUCCCAAACCGACUUACAAGCCUCCAACUGCCAGCGGAUAUGAUUAUACGCCCCCUAAGUCGGACUACUUGCCUCCUAAGUCUGAUUAUGAGGCUCCUGCUGCUGGCUACGUGUACAAGGCUCCCGAGGGACUGCCCCAACGAGGCUACCACGCUCCGAAACCGACCUACAAGCCUCCCACGGCUUACAAAGCACCCGCACAGCACGGUUAUGACUACACGCCUCCUGAAACUGCUUACAUAGCCCCUGCUGCAGACUACAAGGCUCCUGCUGCUGGCUACGUGUACAAGGCUCCCGAGGGACUGCCCCAGCGAGGCUACCACGCCCCGAAACCGACCUACAAGCCUCCAACUGCCAGCGGAUACGACUACACGCCCCCUAAAUCAGACUACCUGCCUCCUAAGUCAGAUUACGAGGCCCCCAAGUCAGAUUACGAGGCCCCCAAGUCAGACUACGAGGCCCCCAAGUCGGGCUACAGGAUCCACGACCCCUCGUACUCGACCACGAUGGACCCCAACUGGCGGCCGAAGUUCACGACCCCCUACCCCGACGCCGUGACCUUCGUCCCCCCCUACGACUACAGCCAGUACCACGACGGCUACCUCGCCAAGGGGCACGACCAUCACCACGACGACCACGCGGACGACCAUCACGACGACCCCCACUACCAGAUCGACUACAAGAUCGACUCGGCCCACGCCCCUUCGGUCUCUACCUACGGCGGGAUCCUCCACGACGACCACCAGCCAGGCUAUGCCCCGGACCCGACUAUCUACCCGUCCGCUGACACCCACGCGGCCUCGGGCGGGUAUGGGUAUGCCACGCCCAAGCCUGCGUACCACGAGGCACCCGCUGCUGACUACAAGGCACCUGCUGCUGACUACAAGGCACCUGCCGCUGACUACAAGGCACCUGCUGCUGACUACAAGGCACCUGCUGCUGACUACAAGGCACCUGCUGCUGACUACAAGGCACCUGCUGCUGACUACAAGGCUCCUGCUGCUGACUACAAGGCACCUGCUGCUGACUACAAGGCACCCGCUGCUGACUACAAGGCACCUGCUGCUGACUACAAGGCACCUGCCGCUGACUACAAGGCACCUGCCGCUGACUACAAGGCGCCCGCUGCUGACUACAAGGCACCUGCUGCUGACUACAAGGCACCUGCUGCUGACUACAAGGCACCUGCUGCUGACUACAAGGCACCUGCUGCUGACUACAAGGCGCCUGCUGCUGACUACAAGGCGCCUGCUGCUGACUACAAGGCACCUGCCGCUGACUACAAGGCUCCUGCUGCUGACUACAAAGCACCCACUGCUGACUACAAGGCACCUGCUGCUGACUACAAGGCUCCUGCUGCUGACUACAAAGCACCCGCUGCUGACUACAAGGCACCCGCUGCUGACUACAAGGCACCUGCCGCUGACUACAAGGCACCCGCUGCUGACUACAAGGCACCUGCUGCUGACUACAAGGCACCCGCUGCUGACUACAAGGCGCCUGCUGCUGACUACAAGGCACCCGCUGCUGACUACAAGGCACCUGCUGCUGACUACAAGGCACCUGCUGCUGACUACAACCCACCCGCUGCUGACUACAACGCCCCUGCUGCCGGCUACGACUACAACGCCCCUGCUGCCUCCCUGCCCUCGCUUGAUUAUGGACAGGCCGAAAGGGUCUACGGCGUGCAAGGGGCGGGGCCUAUCUACGCACCGCCCACACUGCCGCACAGGGUUCUGGACCCCUACGCCGCGGUCUCUGCCUACGACGACCUCUAUUUGGCCCCGCGACCUCUGAGGAGGAGGAGGCCGGGGCGCAGGCGCUUCAGGGGCAGAGUCUGGCGCUCCGUCGAGUAAAGCCGCUUCUCGCUCUCUCUCUCUUCUCUCUUCUCUUUGUCUUUG